UCAGAUCAUGUCAACAGCGGAAGACACAGACACAGAGUUGCGCAUGCGCAGUGAACCGCAGACGUGUGUGCCCGCAGGCUGGAGGAGAGAGAUGAGAGAGAGACAGAGCGGAAAGACAGCUGGAAGAGUCGAUGUCUACAUCAUCAGAUUAUAGCUCUAUACAGCUGGUACCGUUUAAAAAUACAAACAACCAGUUUAUAAAGCUGUGACGAGGAGGAGGGCGUGGCCGGGCUGUGAGGCACAGCCGGCGCUGAAUCAGCUGAUCAGCAGGAGAGCGAGAUAAAGGGGAGCAGGAGGCAACCAGUUCGAGAGAGAGAGAGAGAGACGCACGUGGCCGUGUUGUGUGUGUCUGUUUGUCUUACGUUUCUGUUGCUUUAAGUUCAGUUUUACCAUAAAAAGUUAUGUUUACUGUUCAGCCGGUUCCCGCCUCCUCCUUGCCCAUCCUUGAACUAUUACAGUGGUGCUGAAAUCUGGGAUGGAGGAGGGAUGCACUGUCGCUGAGUCCUCGCUGCUGCCAUCCGCUAGGGGAGCAGCUGCGGCCGUCUGCCUGGUGACGGAGGUUCUGUCCACCAGGGGCCAGAGGACUCGAUCUCGUACACCAGGGUAGGAGCGAGCUGGUGUCCACCAGAGGGCGGAGGAGCGGUUGAGGACUGGCCGGUUCUUCCCUCUCUCUCUGUGUGUCUCCGCUUGCCCUUUCCCUCUCCCCACGCCUCCCCUCGUCUCUCCCCCAGGUUCACAGGAGGCGGGGUGGACCACCAGCUGAUGGAACGGGCAGAAGGGCAGCGUCUCCCCUCCAGAUAUGUGGGGGGGAGUUGGUCAGACCGGUGGUGCCCCGACCUGAAUUGGGCGGGGGAGGAGUGUGACGAGGAGGAGGGCGUGGCCGGGCCGUGAUGAUGCAUGGCCAGUGCUGAAUCAGCUGAUCAGCAGGAGAGUGAGAUAAAGGGGAGCCAGAGGCACCAGUUCGAGAGAAAAAGAGACGCACGUGGCCGCAUUAUUCCUCAGGGCCAGAGCUUCAGAUCCAAAACUCAACUCCACCGAUAUCUGCUCUCUGAAACAAACACCGACCUGCAAUUAAGUGACUUUGACUUCUCAACAUCCAAAAACCACAGUAGAGAACAUCAGAUCAAACCAAACGGUCAACAGAAAAAGAAAAGAAAACUCAAGAUCACAUCAGAUAUUACAGAAAAUUCUCAAAAAUUGAUGUCAAAUGAAGGAAUGGAAGAAGAGAAAAGAGAAGAUGAAGAACAGAAUGGUCUAGAAAACAUGGUCAAAAGAGACAGUACAGCAAAUCAUUUCAGUCUAACCGCAGCUGAACGUACAGAGAUUCCUGCUGUAACAGUGCAGUCUGCUUCAGAGAGUCAAGAACAACAUCUGUUAGAGAACACGGGAGAAAAAGAGGACGAGUUUAUAGGAGAAAAUUAUCACAGGGAAUGUAUGUCACCUUGUAGAGACACAGAAAACAGAUUCAAGUUUUUGGUAGAGAAACGGAAAACAAGUCCAUACUUCAGUGGAAGGAAUGAUGGUUUGAGUCCCCCAAAGCGUAAGGCCUUCAGGAAAUGGACUCCACCGCGCUCACCCUACAAUCUGGUACAGGAGACACUGUUUCACGACCCCUGGAAGCUUCUAGUGGCCACGAUAUUCCUCAACAAGACCAGCGGUAAGAUGGCGAUCCCCACACUGUGGCAGUUUUUUGAGCGGUAUCCGAGCGCAGAUGUGACUCGUGUGAGUGAUUGGAGGCUGCUCGCUGAACUGCUACAGCCACUGGGUCUCAGUACACUACGAGCCAAAACACUCGUCCGCUUCUCUGAUGAGUAUCUUAAUAAAUCGUGGCGGUAUCCCAUUGAGCUACACGGCAUCGGCAAAUAUGGCAAUGACUCGUACCGGAUCUUCUGUGUGGAGGAGUGGAGAGAGGUCACUCCAGAUGACCAUAAACUCAACGAUUAUCACACAUGGCUGUGGGAAAACCAUGAGCGAUUAGGAAUCUGAAACUUUAAUCAACCCAUCAUGGAUACAGUAACAUAUGUGAAUCAGUGUGCAGUACCACAGAACUGUUCUGAGAACAGCUGUACAGCAUUCAAAGGUUCAGCCACUAUGCCGAUGGCUUUGAUUGGAAAAUGCUCUUAAGUGCUUUUCUCUAUAUUGAUAUUCCAAUUGUUCCAUCAUGUUUGUUUUACAUCAAUUCAGGAGAAAUAUGUUUUACCAAAGUUGUCUCAAUAAAUUACCUUUUUAUCUUUUGUACAAACUUUUGUACUUCUUUUGAGUGAAAGGGAAUAUUCAGAAAGAAACAUUGGGAGUGGCUUGAUGUUAUCCAUCAGGAAUUGACUGGAAAGUAUAAAGUGAUCUCUAUGACAGGUGGCUGAAGGGGAGGGAUUAAAAAUAAGAGGGCUUCGUUACUUAACCUGAAAAUUUGUGUCAGAGGUGGAGCAAGUUAUUACAUUUUGACGAAAGAUUGAAUUACUGUGCACUGGUGAAUCUUUCACAAACCCAGAAAUAAACCAUUCAAA